AUGAAAUUAGCAAAGAAGAAGGAGCGGUAUCACGAUUGUGCAAUUAUCUUGGUUGAUGAAUUAGUUCGUGAUCAGGAAAAAUCUCAACCUGAGCUUCAUCAUAAGUAUUCAUGGAAGAGUUUAACAACAAUUCAUCUGACUUAUCAAACGCAAAACAUUAAAUUAAAUGCAAUUGUACAAUUUCAUAAUUAA